AUUCUCAAGAUAGGUUUUUAGAAACAAAAUUUCUGCCAAUUCAUGAAUUUACUACUAAACUUCAUGAAAAAAUUACUCAAGAAGAUUAUGAGUAUACUCAGAAACUUGAUCCUAGCUAUUACGUUUCUCUUUCAGCUUUAUCUUGGGAUUCUAUGCUUAAAAUGACUAGAGUUAAGAUCGAACUUCUUACAGAUAUAGCUAUGUAUGAUUUUAUCGAAAAAGCCAAAUAUAGUAAAAUAGCUAUAACCUGUCAAAGAUAUUUCAAAGCAAAUAAUCCUAAAAUUA